GGCUUCGGGCACACAGCGGGGCGCGUCCCGGGCACGUUCCAAGGCGCGCAGGGCAUGAAGCCCGCGGCGCGGGAGACGCGGACACCCCCGCGCUCGCCCGGGCUCCGCUGGGCGCUGCUGCCGCUGCUGCUGUUGCUACGCCAGGGCCAGGUCCUGUGCGCAGGUGCGGCACUGAAUCCUGUAUUUGACAUUGAAGCUGUUGUCAGCCCAACCAGUGUGGUAUUAACAUGGAAACACAAUGACUCAGUUGCUUCAGAAUAUAUAAUAAUGAAUACGAUGGAGAACAGGGAGUUAAAUGUUACAAACCAGACAUCAUAUAACAUCACAGGCUUAAGCCCAGGCACUUCCUAUACAUUCUCCAUCACCUUGAAAACAGCCAAUGAGACCUUGGGAAAGCUCACGAACAAAACUGUCACAACAGAGCCCUGGCCAGUGUCUGAUCUCUGUGUGACCUUCGUGGGUGUGACACAGGCUCAUCUCACCUGGAACAAUACAAAUGGCAUUGCCUCCUACCAGAUGCUGACUGAAGAGUCGACCACACAUUCAUCAGUCAAUAUUUCAGGUCUGAAGCCAGGGACCUAUAAUAGGUUGGCUUUCCCAGAAUCAAAUGAGACACGGAAUUAUUUCCUGGUUAUAGAAGAUGUCUUGGUCUUUGAAGCAGAUGCCAAUGGUACCAAGAGAAGCCCAGUGGCCAACUUAUCCCAACUACACAAGGAUUCUUUUGCCUCUGCACACCCACCCUCCAUCACUCAGGUCUUGCUCACUGAUCUAAAGCCUGGUACUCAGUACAAUGUCACCAUUUAUCCUCGAGCAGCAGAUGGCACAGAAGGACAGCCUGGGAACAAAGUGUUUAAAACAAAUUCCACCCAGGUUUCUGACAUCAGAGCUAUGAACAUCUGCUCCUCGAGCAUGACCCUGACCUGGAAAAGCAACUAUAACGGGUCCCAUACUGCAUUUGCCUACAAAAUACAUGUGGCUGGGGGGACCGACUCCAUCAACCAAACUGUCAAUAAGACUGAGGCCACCAUCCUUGGACUCAGUUCGAGCACCUUGUACAACAUCACAGUUCAUCCUUUCCUGGGUCAGACCGAGGGCAUACCAGGCUUCCUCCAAGUGUACACUUCCCCCGGUCCAGUUUCUGACUUCCGAGUGACAAAUGUCAGCACAAGGGAAAUCGGUUUGGCUUGGAGAAGCAAUGACUCAGAGUCAUUUGAGAUUUUCAUCACGCAAGAUGGAAGUGAGAAGCAUCGAAAUGCUUCGACAGGAAACCAGAGCUACGUCGUUGAAGAUUUAAAGCCUGGAACCAGUUACCGUUUUGAAAUAUUCCCACGAGGACCAGAUGGGACUAAAGGGCCAUCCAGGACAGUUAAUGGUACAACUGACCGCAGUGCUGUGAUUGACAUCCACGUGCUCAAUGUUAGCACCACUGAAAUGCAGCUGGAGUGGCAGAAUACAGACAGUGCUUCUGGAUACACUUACCAUUUAGUUCUAGAGUCUAAAAAUGGCUCCAUCAGUACCAACAGUUCUCAGAAAUGGAUCACAAUAGGAGGCCUUACCCCAGGCACCUUAUAUAAUGUCACAAUCUUCCCAGAAGUGGACCAGAUCCAGGGCGACUCCAACUCCAUUACCCAGUACACACGGCCCAGCAGUGUGUCCCACAUUGAAGUAGACACCAACACCACUGCGGCAGCCAUCCGGUGGAAGAAUGUGGACGCAGCCUCCGCUUCCUAUGUCUACUCUGUCCUUAUCUCGAAGGCUGGAGAUGGCAGCAGGGUAACCCGAAGAGUUACAGACAUCCCUUCUGUGACGGUCACUGGGUUAGACCCUGGCGUCUCUUACACAGUGGAGAUCUUUACACAAGUUGGGAAUGACACAGUAUCACUGGUACCUGGUCGGAAGCUGUUCUGUAUGGAACCUGCACCUGUGGCUUUCUUCCACUGUGAAGUGGUCCCUAAGGAGCCUGCAUUGGUUCUGAAGUGGGCCUGCCCCCCUGGGAUGAACACAGGCUUCGAGCUGGGGGUCAGGAGUGAUGCUUGGGACAAUAUGACACGCCUGGAGAACUGCACUUCAGAUGAUGACACAGAGUGCAGGACAGAAGUCACCUAUUUGAAUUUUUCUACCUCGUACAACAUCAGCAUUGCCACCUUGUCAUGUGGAAAGAUGGCGCUCCCCACCCAGAGCACCUGCACCACUGGCAUCACAGACCCACCUCCUCCAGAUGGAUCCCCUAAUAUUACAUCGGUCAGUCACAAUUCAGUAAAGGUUAAGUUCAGCGGUUUUGAAGCCAGCCAUGGACCUAUCAAAGCCUAUGCCGUCAUUCUCACCACUGGGGAAGCUAUCCAACCCUCUGCGGAUGUUUUGAAGUACACUUAUGAAGAUUUCAAAAAGGGAGCCUCAGAUACUUAUGUGACAUACCUCAUAAGAAUAGAAGAGAAGGGACAGUCUCAGGGCUUGUCUGAAGUCUUGAACUAUGAAAUUGAUGUGGGGAACCAAUCCACUACCCUUGGCUACUACAAUGGGAGGCUGGAACCUCUGGGCUCUUACCGGGCUUGUGUUGCUGGCUUUACCAAUAUUACCUACAACCUUCAAAACGAUGGCCUCAUCAAUGGGGAUGAGAGCUAUGUGUCUUUCAGUCGAUACUCAGAGGCUGUGUUCUUGCCCCAAGAUCCAGGUGUCAUCUGCGGAGCAGUGUUCGGAUGUAUCUUUGGUGCCCUGGCCAUCAUGGCUGUGGGAGGCUUCAUCUUCUGGAGAAAGAAAAGGACAGAUGCCAAGAAUAAUGAAGUGUCCUUUUCUCAAAUUAAACCUAAAAAAUCCAAGUUAAUCCGAGUGGAGAACUUUGAGGCCUACUUUAAGAAACAGCAAGCUGACUCUAACUGUGGGUUUGCAGAGGAAUAUGAGGAUCUGAAGCUGAUUGGAAUAAGUUUACCUAAAUACACAGCUGAAAUAGCUGAAAACAGAGGGAAGAACCGCUACAACAAUGUCCUGCCCUAUGAUAUUUCUCGAGUCAAACUUUCAGUCCAGACCCAUUCGACAGACGACUACAUCAAUGCCAACUAUAUGCCUGGCUACCAUUCCAAGAGAGAUUUCAUUGCCACACAAGGACCUUUACCCAACACUUUGAAAGAUUUUUGGCGUAUGGUUUGGGAGAAAAACGUGUAUGCCAUUGUUAUGUUGACCAAAUGCGUGGAGCAGGGGAGGACCAAAUGUGAGGAGUACUGGCCUUCCAAGCAGGCUCAGGACUACGGGGACAUAACUGUGGCAAUGACAUCAGAAGUUGUUCUUCCGGAAUGGACUAUCAGAGAUUUUGUGGUGAAAAAUAUGCAGAAUAGUGAGAGUCAUCCUCUGCGGCAGUUCCAUUUCACCUCCUGGCCUGACCAUGGUGUUCCUGACACUACGGACCUGCUCAUCAACUUUCGGUACCUGGUCCGGGAUUACAUGAAGCAGAUUCCUCCUGAGUCACCAAUCCUGGUGCAUUGCAGUGCUGGGGUUGGAAGGACGGGCACUUUCAUUGCGAUCGACCGCCUGAUCUAUCAGAUAGAGAAUGAGAACACUGUGGAUGUGUACGGUAUUGUCUAUGAUCUUCGGAUGCACAGGCCCCUGAUGGUUCAGACAGAGGACCAGUAUGUUUUCCUCAAUCAGUGUGUUUUGGAUAUUAUCAGAGCCCAGAAAGACUCAAAAGUUGACCUCAUCUAUCAGAACACAACCGCGAUGACAAUCUAUGAAAACCUCGAGCCAGUGAGCAUGUUUGGAAAGACUAAUGGUUACAUCGCCUAGUUCCAAAGCAAAGCCUUUCUGAAGCUAACCAGACCAUCACACCCACAGCGAAGGAGAACGCCCUGACGGGGACAUGUUUUCUAUGUCUCAUUUCUCAGUUCUUUGUUCUGUUCUGUUAGAACUACUUGGAGGGCAUAGGGCCGUGCAAGGAAAAACGUGGCAGAUAGGCAGUUGGGGCUGUUGGGGGCUGUGGAUAGGUGGUGUGUAAAUCAGCUGCAUUCCUGAUUACCAAUGGGAUGGGUUUGAUUUUUGUUUUUUCCUUGAGAAUUGUGGAAAACCAGGAAAAGUGAGCUGUUUUGUUUUUCAAACAGGUUUGUUCUCCUCUCUUUCUCCCCCUCCUCUUUCUCUUCCUCCCCUACCUCUCUCUUUUUUAAGACUUUUAUAUGAUUCACAUGCUAAAGCGAGGAUUAUGUUGGGUUGAAUAUAUUUUAAGUAUCAGAGGUCUAUUUUUACCUACUGUAUCUUGGAAUCUAGCCGAUGGAAAUGCAUGACUGUGGGUGUUUCUCAUGCAGGGAGGGGCACAUGGCGCCUUCUUCUGUGUGGGUUUCUAUUUGAACAUGUGCCUUUUCUGAAUUAUGCUUCCACAGGCAAAACUCAGUAGAUAUCUCUAUUUUUAUAUUGAAUCUCAGAAUUGGAAUAUACAGAAUAUUUAAACAGUAGCUUAGUAUCAGAGGCUCACCUCCUCAGUAACAUUCCUGUUCCCAUUCAGUUAGAGGAGGCCUUCUCUGUGGCCCGCCCUUGACACACAUUUGUGUUCCACGGUCCUUCUCCCUUUUUUUCUUUUCCCCUCCCAGUUUUCGCCAAAGACUUCUGUUGGUGAGAUUUUCAUCCCAUUGGUUGGGUGAAAACAGAAAUUUAAAACUAUCACCAUGAGACUCUCUGUGGGUGGGGUUGGGGAGGAACAGAGGAAUCAACAUACCAUGGUGUGCACCCCUUCUCAUCCCGUCUCCUCCCUUCUCUCAUUUCUGUCUUUGGUAAGAAGGAUUAUUUAAAGGUGCAAUAUGUGACGUAGUGGUUCACGAUGCUCUGGGUUCUUAGUAAUGUUUUACUCAGGUUGUCAUUUUAUGUGUGUUUGUGUCUCUGUGUGUGUGUGUGUAUGUGUGUGUUUUAUAGUGUGGUGAUCUGUGAACAUUUCAGUGUGAACUCAGAUUAACCCCUUUUCCCCCGAAGUCCACUGGCUUUAGUCUAUCUGCAGUGACACACAUCAGUAUCUACUGUAUAUAUAAAUACUAAACUCUUACACCAGUCAUUCCUAUUGAAUAGAGGUGUACAAAGUUUGAUUUGUAUCAAAGAUGUAAUUAUUAUUUUUAAAACCUCUUUUCACUACACUGCUGCUGUAAUUACUUUGUAAAGAAAAUGUAGAUUUUUUUUUUUUGGCUUCAGGUGUGUAUUCACCAAGGAUUUCAGAAUUUAUGUGGUUUUAUUUUAUUGGUACAUAAUCUGUAAACUUCUCAAGGCAUUAACAUGCAAGAUUUAUGUCUUUUAUUUUACCUUGUGGCUCAGGUUAUAUUUGAAGAAGUUUCAAGUUUAUUUUCUAGUAGGCAAUGAAGUAUAUAUAAGGUCUUAUGAAGGAGUCGCCAAGUCCCUGGAGUCCUGUGGCUGUUCCCACAGUAACACAUCCUGCUGUACGUUUGGGACUAUGGUAUCGUGUUGAAGAUGAGUGCAGGGUCUUCUGUGAGUGCAGGCCACUGUGGGUCCUGGGGUAACCUGUCUUCUGAUGUUCUGCACUCUCUUCUUCGCGUCACCAGCACUUUGAUGGCUGACUGGACCUGAUCAUGAGUAUUUGUAGGUAGAGAGGGUGAACCUUGAUGUACUGAAAGCCCUGCUGUGGCUCAGCCCUGUAGCGCUGUCUUUUGUACCCCCUUUUCUUUUGUGGUACUGAAAGGAUUGAAAGAAGAGGCCAUGGCGCUGUCAUGCUUUGGGGGAGAAUUUUACUUCUCACAUGGAAACUGCACUUUUUUUUUUUUUUUUUUUUUUGCUAAAUCCUUUGCAUUUUGAUGUUCAUUAGUGUCCAGCCCUACAGAGAAUGGGAUGGCCAGGGUAGGUUGGGCCUCUUGACUCAACUUCACUGGGGACUUGACGCUGCAGUUGUGAAUCAGGGAAGCCAUGUUGUCUCCAGGUAUGGAAUGAAGUUGAUCAUGGGCUCAUUAUUUUCAAAUCCUCUGUCUGGGCUGCCCACUAGGAUGUGCUGACUGUGGGGUGCUAUACAGAGGGGCCUGUACUGGCAGUAGUUCUGUGCAUCACCUGUACACCUCUUCAGUUUGUUAGGAGCCAUUGUAGUGGGUGGUGAGGGGUCCAAUUCCAUGCAGCACCUAUGCCCUGCCUUGACUACCAUGGAAAACAUGAGGAAAGGACUUGCCCCUAAAAUAGUCUUGUAGAAGAUUAGAGUCCCUCAAAAAAAAUCAAAGCAACAUAAUCAUAAACACACUGUACAAAAUUGCAAAACACAGAAACCUUCUCCACUUCUGCCUGUAUGGGUCUGGAAAGUCUUUAGGCAUCAAUCCCAAAAAGCCGUUCCCAGUCCCAGGAGGAAGGCUAGUGGCAGAGAGGUCUGGCGAUCCAAAUGGGCAGGUCACAAGAAGCUCACCACACCAUUCUAUGUCUGGAGGCGGACUGUGUGGUGGAGUUUGCAUAGCACAGUCAUUGGAGAACGAAGAUUAAUGACAGAGGCUAGGGUUGGGCAGAGGCGUGGGGGAAGGUCCUUCUUACUGUUUGCCGAAGCCCUCAGUGCAACUGUGAACAAAAGUGGAAGAGUCUGGUGACAUUGGAACAAUGGAGCUCCCUGCUCAGAUAUGAUGGCAGCACCGAGAAAAGCAGCCAGUAUGGGACUCACUGUCAGUGAAGGGCUACAGGCUGGUGGCCAACUGCUUUGGAGGACUUGGGUCAUUGACUGCUGUCUUCUAGGGAGAAAGACGUCCACCAGAGCUGAAUCUAGCAACGGUCGGUCGGCACCAGUGGGACACUUGGUGUCUGUUCUCUGAGGCCACUUUGUGAUCUCCAGCCAGACUUUGGCACAAUGGACCUGCUGGCUUUGUGCUUUGUGAAGUUGGAGGCUCUGGGGACUGGGGGUGGGGAGGAGGUGGGGGAAGGGUCAACUAUGCAGCUGGUUCAUUCAUACUUGUUUUCUGGGAUGGAGAAGCCCGGGUUUUUGUUUUGUGUUUUUUUGUUGUUGUUGUUGUUUUUUUUUUUUUUU